GUGUAUAUAUCGAAGAAAUUAUCGUUUCGAUUACUUUGUAAAAGAAAUUUUACACUUUAAUAACGUUAAUGAAUUAUCCUCCUGGUAAAAUAAUUUUGUUAGAUGAAUUUGAAGAUAAUCCAGAAAAGUGGAUCGGAGAUUAUUUCCGCGUCGUUGGCAAAUUAAUUUAUCAUAAUAUGAGUAAGAAUUUAGCUGUGAUAGAACAAAAUGUCAAAUACACAACAGAUAAAGGAAAACAACACGAAGGACAACCGCAUGAUAAUGUUAGAAUAAGAAAAUGUUUUUUAAUUGUCGAUACAAAGCUUGUUGAAGAUGAACCAUAUAUUGAAGGUAAGACUGUUGAAUUUCUUGGACUAUUGAUUAACGAUAAUAUUUAUGAUUCGAAAUUUUAUCAACUUCCACAAAAAAUCAAAGAAAUGAUUACUGCAGACAUUCAAAGAACAAGAUUUCCUUUACUGGAAGCACGUAUUUUUCGUACAGUCGAUUUCAUGGAUAUGGAUUUUUAUCAAUACGUAGUAAAUAUAAGAAAUAAAUAUGAACAAGAAUAAUAAAUUUAUAAUUGAUUUUAUAAAAGAAAAUAAAGUGAUAUAAAAUCUAUAUCUGAUAUAUAAUAAAUAUAUAAUCUUGCACUUAAUAUAGUGUAUACUCCUUAUAUCCUUUCAUUUAUCCGACACUUCUGGACUUUGAAUACUACUAAUCUCGGUUUGUAAUUGUUCUAUAAAUAGAGGAAAAAAUGUUAAUAAAUUUUUAUUGUAAAGGACUUGGAGUUAUAAUUUGAAUUCAACCUGCAAGAAGAUAAUCUUCGCGU